AUGAACAAAGAUUCAAGUUUCACAUUCGUGCACAUGCACCGCUCUCGAGAUGCAGACCUCUUUGAAGAUUUCUGCAAAGAUAAACUCCCCGACGACGAAAUCUAUGUUCCUGCCAUCCAUCAACCCAUCAACCCUGAAGACGAAGAUGAUGUUGUGCCCGAUCAACAUGCUGCGUUUGGGAUUCAGCGCGCGACGCAAAAGUCAAAGGAACCUGCUUGGAAGGAUUUGGGUCUGUCGGAACUUAUGAAUAAGGGUCCCAGUAUAGGAACUGGUGGGAAGCUCAAGGGUUCUGGGAGUACUCUUCCUCGGUAA